AUCGAUGCCAUUUUAGGCAUCAACGCCAAACUCAAAUUGUCUUUCCGUGGAGCUGUAUAUUUAUUUUAAUGGCAUAAUGGAGCAGUACAAAUUAAUAAACGCUGAAUUGAUGGAUCAGGUGCAAAAGCAGCGAAUAGCUAUUGGAGAAAUGCGUAAGGCCGAGAUAUUACUCAAAAGACAGUUGCUGGAAGAGCGUGAAAUGCGUUUGGCCGACGCACAGCUUAACGAAAAUAAACUGAAGUGCGCACUCAGAACGUUGCUACACUCCCUAGAUGUGAACUUGGAUGGAAACAGUGAUUAUCCUACAACGCGGACUUCAGAGGCAUCGGAUAAUGUUAGGCAUAGUCAUUACAGUAGUAGCCAAGCCUGCUCAGUGUUGCGCCGUUCCAGCGCCCUACUUCAAAGAAGUCUGGCCGUAUCACCUACAAGACGGAGUCGGAGUCGGAGUCUAAGUUCUUGUAGUGUCAUAAGCCAUAAUAGCUCGCGGGAUGAGGAAAUCAAGGAGUCUAGUCCUGUAAAAGAAACAUUGGUAAUCUUCAGGAAAACACCAGAGCCACGGCACUUGGUUGAGCUGCAGGCAAACAUGGACUCGCCCGAUUUCCAAGAAGCAGUUCCAACAGCUGCUGCUUCACCAGACCAGUUACUGGUGUCUCCAACACCAGUCGCUGAUAUGUAUUCUAUUAUUGAAGAGAGCGAUAGUGAGGAUAAUACUUUAUCCUCGUCACUUAAAUUGCAUGAGACACAGAAACUACGUGCCUCGAGCAGCAGCAUGGAGAUGUCCCCGUUGCCUCUGCGUGAUGUGACCAACAAAACAGAGGGUCUGAUUCCCAAUCUAAAGAUCACAAAAGCACAUUGUAUACAGUCAUCUACUCAAGAUGAGACUGAGAACACUAUGAAAGAUCUAAGCAUAGAGCAUGCAAAAUGUGAUUUCCAGCAAAGUUCUCUGCCAGCUAGCCAAAAGAUUACAAAAGCGCACUGUAGAUCAUCGCGUGUCCACAAAAAUGACACUAAGAGCGACAGUCAGGAGCCAAGUAUAGAACAUGUAAGACUGGCUGCCCAAACGAAUUCAUCGAUGCAUGUGAUAAUUCAGUGCGGCUCUCCAAAUGCGGGGCCAGCACUAACGCCACGCCGUAGUCAAUUAAACUUUAGUAGUUUCAACGGAAUUGCUGAUCGACCAUGCGAUAGCAGCACACCGCGGCGAGGCCAAGAAACUUUGACCACCAAUUGGAAACCUACCUCUGCAAAGGCGAAAGUGAAACGCACAAAAAGCGCAAACAGCAGGGCGGAGCCAUCUAGUACUGACGGCUCGAUGUCUAGUCGCCCCAGCCGUAGCUGUCGGCCCAAGUCGCUUAAGGAACCCAAUUUAAACUCCAAAAUGCGAAAUGAAUCACAAAGUAAAUAAAGUCUGUUUUUAUUGUAGGUCAUUCAGAAAUGUUACAUUCACUCUAAAAGUAUGUCAUAAAUUGAUGUGAUUUGGAUUGUUAUCCAUGAAGAGUAUGCUUAAAUUGUUGACGUCUAAAUAUUCUCGAGCAGAUAAGUCUAUCGACUUAUCUUCUAUUCAAAUUAUACCUUUGCUUUUGAGCUAUUACGCCAAGUAUGUUUUCGAGUGGGACGACGAGGUGAGUCGUCAGUACAUACCGGAUCACUAUAGGCCCGAAGUUCAAUUCUUCUUGUUUAUCAAACAUUAAUAGCAAU